GCUGAUUAAACAGGUGAAGCAGAAUCUUGUAUUCGCUGGCAUUUCGCGUUUGCUCUCCGAUUGAUUAAGAGGUCGUGGACUUGAGACCGUGGGCAGAAUUUGAAAGCAGGGCUGCUCUGUCACCAUGUUUGACCUGAAGAAGAGGAAUAGUUUGACUCUGAGGGACAGCCGUGGGACGGAGGAGUUCAGACGAGUGGCGGUCAGACGGAAAGUCCAAGGUCCUGUGGGUGACUGUCAAACCUCAGAUGUGAGCAGUGGUGUGUGUGGUUCAUACAACGGUGGCCAUGCUCAUGACAGAGUUUCUGGACCAGAACUGAUUGCAAAAAUAGGUACAGAAAAAGAUGAUGAGAAAAGCCCAACAAAGAGAUCACCUUUUAAACCCCAAGUGCCUCCUAAACCAGAUCACCUCCAGAGCCCUCCGAGGGUAGGACAAGAUCAAGCCUACAGUCUCACUCCAGGGAAAGUCCCACCCCAGCUAAAUAAUUUAACAGAAGAGAACCAGAAUCCUAAAAGAUGCAAUGGGGUUUCUAUUUCCUGUGUAAGCCCACAGAAUUGUUUAGACUUUCCAAGUAAAGAAGGGGGAAGUUAUUUUCUGAAUGGGGUUUUGGAUCCACACAUCAACCCUGCCAGACAUGCUCAGGGGAUUCCGAAUUUUACAAGCAGGCCACUAUCAGGAUCUCCAAGCCCAGGCAAAAGAGGCAUUCAGAGCUGUAGCCCUCUGAGAGAAGGAGGCCACAGCCCCGGUAAGCUGUCCCCAAGAAACUACAGACCUCUCACGGGAAAACUGCGUGCUUCUAGCCCUGUUCAAGGGAAGAUGGGAAGCUACAGCCCCGCCAAGAGUUCUAAAUCCUUGCUAGGACUGCACAGAAUCUCAAGCGAGAAAAUGGAAAGACGGGAGAAGAGAGCAGGGAAGUCUCUGAGUGUGCCUGACCUGAUUGUGUAUUUGGAUGAGAGCAGGAUUCCCUCAGAUAAAGCUGAGCGCUCUCCACCCAAACUGCUGCACUCACCCAAUUUUAAUAUACCUGUCAUCACCGUCAAAGCAUCAGCUAAGCAUAGACGCAGUCUAACCGCAAAUGAAGAGCAUCUGUUAAACAGCGGCAUAGAGCAUUUCCCAGGACAAAUGAAUGGCAUUGUGCAGGAGAACAAACAGCCAACAGCAAAUGGGAUGAGGCAAAAUGACAAAAUGGAAGAAGGCAAGAUACCUACAGGGUAUGGCUCCAAGUUUUGCUGCCAGUGGACAGUGGCAACCACAGAAGAUGAGAAGAUUCACAAUGAGAGAGCUGAACAAAAUGAGGAGGAGAAACAGAAGCAAGAAGAUAGGGAUGGAGACGAGCCGAAAAAUAAAGAGAGCACAGAGCAGAAGUUGUUUAACAUCGCUACUGAACUCCUGCAAACAGAGAAGGCCUAUGUGACCCGCCUCCACCUGCUAGACCAGGUUUUCUGUUCACGCCUAACAGAAGAAGCAGGUCGAGGCUCAUUUCCUCCCGAGGUGAUAAGAAAUAUCUUUGCGAAUAUUUCCUCAAUCUACUCUUUCCACAGCCAGUUUCUGCUGCCUGACCUGGAGAACUGCAUCAGACACUGGUGUGAGAGCCCAGGCCUGGGUAAGGUUCUUCUACAGCACGCACCCUUCCUGAGGAUGUAUGCUGACUACGUCAGAAACUUUGACCAUGCAAUGGAGCUGGUGAGGACCUGGACCGAACGCUCCUCUGCUUUCAGAAACGUCAUCCAGGACAUACAGAGUCAGGGGAUCUGUAGCAAACUCACCCUGCAGCACCACAUGUUGGAGCCAAUCCAGAGGGUUCCACGUUAUGAGAUGCUGCUGAAGGAUUACCUGAAGAAACUGCCUGAAGAUGACCCGGAUUAUGAGUUUACACAGAAGUCCUUGCAGACCAUUUCCAUGGCAGCCACACACUCAAACAGUGCCAUCCAAAAAGCCGAGGGUCUGAAGCGACUCCUGGAGAUCUACGAGAUGGUUGGAGAGGAGGAAGUCGUGAAUCCAACCAACGAGUUUCUCAGGGAAGGUCGUCUGCUCAAGCUUGCUGCCAGGAACACAUCAGCCAUGGAGAGACACCUGUUCCUGUUUAACAACUUCCUGCUGUGCUGCUCUCCAAAGUUCAGCCUAGUCGGGCAGCGUUUCACUGUGCGCUGCAGGAUUGGGAUGGAUGGGAUGCAGGUGCAGCAAACCACCAAUGAGGACCAUCCAUACACCUUCCAAAUAUCUGGAAGGGAAAGGAUCCUUGAGCUGCAGGCCAGCUCCAAACAAGAACGAGAUGAAUGGAUAAAGGUGAUUCGUGAAGCCAUUGAUGUGUUUCAGAAGAAAAAUGAGACCUUCAGACUGGCUUCCAGGGAGCUUACUGUAGCAGAACCAACGGAGGAACUUGGCAAACGAGCCCCUCGCUGGAUCAGAGACAAUGAGGUGACCCUGUGUAUGUCUUGCAUGGAGCCUUUUAACGCCCUUACCAGAAGAAGACAUCAUUGCCGUGCCUGUGGUUUUGUGGUGUGUUGGAAGUGUUCAGACUACAAAGUGGCUUUAGAGUAUGACGGCUACAAACUGAACAAAGUGUGUAAACCUUGUUACGCCAUCCUGACUGGCCCGAGAGGGGAGGGCUUGGAUGGAAAAAAGAGAAGAAUGCUGGAGUCCAAAGCAUCUCCAGGGCCUGCUGACAGUGUAAUGAGUGGUUUCCUGCAGUAUGGGGACAACCCCCAGACCUGGCAGCGAGUGUGGUCCGUGCUCACCAGGGCUGAGCCUCCGGUUCUUUACCUGUACUCCAUUUCACAGGAUUUAAAGCCCCUGUUCACUAUACCUCUACUGGGCUGCAGCGUAGAGGCUUUCCCCCAGGCGUUUCAGGGUCAGUCCUGCUUCUGUCUGACCCAGUCCAAAACCAGCCACACUUUCACCUGCGAUUCUCUGGACAUCAAACGCAGCUGGCUGAGUGCUCUGAAAGUUGCCAUGACAGGAUGGCGUACAGCAUGCUCACUGGCUGUUUGUGACAACAGCAGAGGAAUCAGGUCUGGCAUUAAUGGGAGUCUCGGUGGUGAGAACUCGGUAGUCAAUGGCAACAAGGAACAUCACUCUUGAAUGUUUGUAGUGUGUCACGUAUGCAACAGCAGAACAAAUGUCCAUUGUUGUAAAAUGAAAGUUCAGGAAUAUAAAGGUUACAGUACUCUGAAAGCUGUGCUGUCUUUAAAUGUGUUGUGCACUUUAUUUCAGAAAUGGUUUACAGUAAAAUAAAUAAAGUGAAGGUGUUUUAACGUGAGUCAGACUAUCCCUUCAACUACAAAUGCAUUUGCUUCAGCUCUGUACAAGUGCUAAGGUGCCAAGUGGAGAGAAAAUGUGCUCAAGGUUAUUUUCUUACAGCAGACAGUAGAACGCACGAUUGCAAAGAGUUCCAGUGACACAUGGAGGCUCUGCGGGAUCACGAUCGCCUUAUAAAACACAUUCAGCUGAUCCCAUUUCUUCACAUAUUAUUACAGUAAGUGGAUAUUUACACUCAACAGUUUACAGCUAAGCAACAAAAACAAGAAAAGAACUGGAAAAGGAAUGUUUACAUCCUGUCACGUCUGCAGCACAUAGAAACCAAAAGCACCAGGUUCAUUUACUGUACGGUGUGUUUCAGUCACUGAGAUGAUGAAUAAAAAUGUUCCUGUCUGACUGCAUGUCCAUGAAGGGGUCAUGUGGUGAUGACAAUAAAGAAACUUCCUCACACAUUGGCUGUAGUGUUUGACGGCAGUUGUACCUGACUCAUGGAAACGUGCAGGCUAAACCUGAAAACAUCCCACAAGAAGGAAAGCAGAUUUAAAGCUCCAUUAGGAUAGUUUUUCACUUUUACAUGAACAUUUGUGACAGGAAAAGCUUUCCUUUUGAUAAAAUUGCCACCAGAGCUCUGAUGUCCUUUAUACAUGUUGGUUGUGCAGUAGAACCUCACUUUUAAGCCAGCUUUUAUCUACGGUCAACAGUUGUUUUAACCAAAAACUAAUAAAUCCAGUGUGCAGCUUACAAAACAGCUCUACAACCUUUGCUGCUAGCUGGUGUCAUGGUCAUAUCUGCUAAAAGAGCUUACUCAUGCUAUUUUAGCAGUGAGCUUUUGAAGACGAAGGAACUCUUAAAAAAAAAAAAA